UGGGCCUGGCAGGUGAUGAGGGCCAGCUCUCACCCAAACCAAGAGUCGUGGUUCUCCACUGAUAGCACCCAAGGAUCUGUGCUGAGGGUGGCCAGCACAGAACCCCCAUCGUGGGGCGCCUGGUAAAUCCCCUUGCACAACUACUGAAUUAUCUGACGUGGAUGAACCUCAGAGCCAGUGAACUAGGACUUUGGCUUCAUGUCCAUGGGUCAUGCCAGCGGGUCACAUUUCCUCUCUGAACCUCCCUCCAAGCCACACUGUACGCAUGAAGGGAAAGGGACAAGGCUUCACAAGAAACAGCACAUGCUUUCCUUUCAUUUCUGGAAGUCCCUGGGUCGACCUACAGAUGCUGCUCCUUCCGUGGCCGAUGGCAUUCAGACUCCUCGCCGCUGCCGACGGUGCCAGGCAAACAACUGGACAGCACAGCUCAGCUACGGGAAGCUGGCCACAAUCUCGGCCGGAGCAGCAGCCCCCGGGCCCCAGACCACCUCUGCCACCACUGCCCGGAGCCUUCCCCCCUCCCUCAGGCUUGUCCCGGCCCCGCCAGAGGGGCUGAAGAACUGGGAGGUGGUGGCAGCAGCCGCCGUGGUGCCUGUAGCCUUGAGCCCGGUCCAGGCACGUGGGGCCCUGCUUCGGGCCACUCUGCAGCCCCUCCGGGGCCAGCGAGGGAUCCGGGCCAGCCCCAGCGGCGCCGCUCACCACUGUCUCCUCCUGUCGCUGCAGCUUGGGCAAGGGCUCGAGAUGGAAGCCGCCACUCUUGAGCUGAGUCCGCAGGCCAGACUGAGGGAGGUGGGCGACCGGGGGAGCAGAGCUCAAGAUAGCCAGGAGCUGAAGCAGCAGCUGCCACUGCUGCCCAGGCCACCGGCCUCCUCCCAGCGAGAGGCAAAGUAUGUGGAGAUGUGUGCUUCUGCCGCAGCCUCAGGGGUGAGUCCCCGCACCGGGAGACUCACUCUGGAUCACCGCCCGGGCGAGCAGAGGACCCCUAGGAGUCCCAGGGAAGAAGCCCAAGAGGAACGGAGCAGUCAAGAGAGGAAGGCUCUGACCCCCCAGAAGAAUCCUGCUGCCUUGGAACUCUCCAGAUCCCAGCUCUCCCGCACCGAUGAGCACAGCAACCUCUCAUCUUCCUCCUCCUCCUCCCCAGUGGACAAAGCAGAAGAAGGUGGCGUUUCCAAGAUGGAUGAUACCACCACAUCAGCAGGGGCUCUGGCCACCUCGUCUUCGUCUUUAGGCUUUGAGAGUGACAGUGGUGAGAGUGCCCUGAGCUGCCAGCCCAGGGGAGGAGGAGAAGGGGGAAGAGCAGGAGGAGGAGGAGGGGCAGACAGAGGGGGGGGAGGAGGAGAGGGAGAUGGAACAGAGUGCAGGGACAUUAUUGCCAAGUCUCAGGGCAGCAGGGACCCCCCCAAAAAUGAGGAGGCUCACUACAUUACCACCCACGAGAUCCAGCUGAGCGAGGUGGAGCAGGACAUGGAUUUUGACGUGGGACUGGCCUCCCGCUGGGAUUUCGAGGACAACAACGUGAUCUACUCAUUUGUGGACUAUGCUUCCUUUGGUGGCAGCGACGAGACCCCAGGGGAUGUCACCACCCCGACUGAAGAGGACGACGACAACAGCUGCUACCUCAGCACCACUCCAAGCACCCAUGCCACUCAGACUCCAAGCCCCACCAGCAGUGACCCAGCCCGUCCCAAUGCAGACAGCAGUGGUCGCCACACCAGCAGCACAGAAGUGGGCAGCAGCCCCUCUGACAGUGACCCCACUCCCCCACCCACUGGGCCUGGCACUGCCACCCUAAGUGAGCCCUUGCCUGAGCCCCCGGAGGCAGCUUCAGGGGCAGCAGCCGUGGCCGCCAGCAGCUGUGGGAGUGCAGCAAGCCAGAUCCUCCUAUCAAUCAAACCGACUUCCCGGGCUAUAAAUGAGCCUAGCAACGUGCGUGCAAAGCAAAACAUUAUUUAUGCUGCCAAGCAUGAAGGCGACAUGAGCCUCCGCGUCUCUACAGCUGCUGAACACAAUUCAAGUUCACUGAAGCAAGACCCGGCUGCAGCCGUGGCUCAGGACCAUGCAAAGAAAUUCAUCGCUGUCCCUGCUCGCCUGCAAACCCGGUGCGGGGCCAUCCGGGCAAAGGAGCUGGUGGACUACUCCAGCGGGGCCUCCAGUGCCGUGAGUGAACUGGACGAUGCAGACAAGGAGGUGCGCAACCUGACCUCCCGGGCCUUCCGGAGCCUUGCCUACCCCUACUUUGAGGCCCUGAACAUCAGCUCCCGGGAGUCCUCCACACUCUCCGAGGUUGGCUUUGGGCGGUGGUCGACGUUCCUGGAUUUAAAAUGUGGGGGUGUCGGAGCCAGGGUGGAGCAGAGCCUCCUGAGGAGUAGUGCGGCCUCCGUGGCUGCAGGUCUGAGGAAGGGCAGUGGGGCCAGGACGACUGCAGACCAGCUCUACAUCCAGUCCAGGAAGUCCCAGACCAAAGCCUUGGAGUUCGUGGUCAGCAAAGUCGAGGGGGAAAUCAAACAUGUGGAGACACCUCUGUGUUUCCAGAAACAGGUCCAGACGGGUUCCCGCGUGGUCACCCUCCUCGAGCCCCUGAAUUUCCGCAGCGAGAGCAAAGCCAGCUCAGCCACUGGGCCCUGCAGAACCGCCAAAGGCUCCGGCAAGGGCCCUGGGUCGGUGUACACAGACGAUGGCUCGGAGGCCUCUGAGAGCAGCAAGCCCGCCUCCCGCGCCGAAGGCCCCCAGAAGAAGUCCAAGUUUGCUUCCAGUCUGCUCAAAAAUGUCAUCUCCAAGAAGAUGCAGCGGGAACACGAGUUCAAAAUGGAGAGGGGAGAAGUCACUGACACGUCCCACCAUAACCCCUCCAGCACCUCCAAGGAGACGGAGGGCCCAGCCCGGGGGGAGAAGCCACGGGAGAGAGGCCUGCAGAGGCAGAGUUCUCGCCACUCAGAGGCCGGCUCUGAGUACACGGUGGUCAGCGUGUCCGACGCAGGUGCUGAGGGCUCCGUGGCAGAGUCUAAAUCGCCAAUUUUCAAAGCCAGUGCUCCUCGGGAGAGCAGUGCUGCCUCGGGUCGAAAUUUCGCAGAUGGACGCACUGAGGAAGUCUGUGAAAUCAAAAAGAGUGCAUGCGAGACCGUCAAAGGCAUCUUCCUCCGCAGUCAGAACAGCGCAUUCCGUUCCUGGAAAGAGAAGGAGGCCGAGAAGCGGGAAGAAAAGGCCCCCGUUGGGAAGCUGAAGCUUCCCAAAGGGGGCGACUGGAGGGCUGAUCUUGGAGAGAUCUCUGCCAGCAAGUCCACCAUCAUGUCGCGCCUCUUUGUCCCCAACAUCCAGCAGACCCCCAAGGACAAGCAGCCGGGGAAGCAGGCCACCAAGUACCCUGCCGCCCAAGCCACCUCCACGGCAGUGAUCCGGCCCAAGGCUCCCGAAAUCAAGAUCCGGCUGGGGAGUGUGCAACAGCCGAGCUCGGACUUCAACAUUGCCAAACUGCUCACGCCCAAAUUGGCCAGUGGCAGCGCCUCUAACCUCUUCAAGACAGUUGAGGACAACAGCAGGGCGCAGCAGAAGCUCUUCCGGGGAGACAACCUGGAAAAAGUGCCCCAGUUCCAGGUGAGAGACGUCAGAGACAAGUCCAAGGCCCAAGGCCCCCUCCAUCAGGUGAGAGAUGUCAGGAAACUAAUCAAAGGGUCCGGGGACAGCAGUGACAAGGGCAGUGUUACCCCAGAGCAGGGGCUGACCGGGCCCAAACCCAGGCAGCUGGCUGCGGCAGGGGGCGGAUCCAGAUCCCUUUCCCCCAUAGUGAUUACGUGCCAGGCGGUGGUUAACCCGAGGGAAGAGAGCAUGGACCGAGAGCCGAGGGAGAACGUAGGCCCUGGGGGCAGCACCAGGUUCUUGAAUUCGUCCUCGCCAGAAGGGACAGUCUUGGUUCACAGGGCGUCUGGCAGGCUGCCUGUGGCCACCAUUGCCCCCAAUAAGCCUGAGCAGGGCUCCUACCUGCCUGUGCUCAAGAUCGUCUCUAAGGCUUCUGCUCAGAAGACCCCAGAAAAGGCCAAGGAAGAGGAGGUCAAGGAGGAAGGGAAAGCCCCAAAGACUUCUCGGAACGCCCUGGAGAAGCUGACGGCUGCCGUGAGGUCCAUGGAAGAGCUGUACAGCUUCAACAGGAACGAGUGGAAGCGCAAAAGCGACCCCCUGCCCAUGAUGAUGGACAGCCAUGUCCUGUCGCUCAUUGCCAGUGAGGAGAGGGAAGGGGCUGCAGGGGCGGAGGGGGACCCAGACAAGCUGGCCAAACGACUGGGUGAGGUGGAGGAGCGGGGCACCGGAAACAAGGGAGGCGUGGUGCUGCGGGGGGGUCCGCUGGAGCGUCUGCAGCGGAGGAACUCCAACCCAAGUGCUGAGAGCGUGUCUGCCCGGGCAGCCGCCUUCGAGAACAUGGCCAGGGAAAGACCUCGAUCCCUCUAUAUCCCCCCAGUCCACAAGGAUGUGGAGAGAACUCAACCCCUGCAGCCCCUCCCACCCCUCCCCAGCAACCGAAAUGUGUUCACGGUGAGUACCAGCAGCACCCAGAAAACUGGGGGUGUCGCUGGCAAGUUUCCCCAAGGGCCUUCUCCAGAGAGUCCUUCGGCGGCAAAGGGCAUCAAAACCCAGGGACUCCGGUCCCUCAAGAUCUCUCCGGCCACUCGGGCACCUCCUGAUGAGGUGACCACUAGGAAAAACAGCAGCAAUUUGGAAAAGAACAAUAGCGACUGUGAGAAUUACCUGUCCAUCCCCCUUAAAGGAAGCUCUUCAGCGGGAGAACUUCCUGGCAGGCCCGGGGCUGGGAGGGAGGGGCCCCCAGCUCCCGCAGCCCCCUCAGCGGCCACUCUCUGCAGCUUGCCCCCUCUGAGCGCCCGCAGCCAGGUCCCCAGCAAUCCCAAAGGCUCUCAGGUCAGUGGAACCAGCCGGCCAGCUUGGCGUACCAAACCCGACACCCCCAGGGAGACAGUAGCUGCCGCCACAGGGCCACAGAGCCCGGAGCAUCUCCCCACUGCCAUCUACCACCAGCAGCCGCUGCCUUUCGCCCUGCAGGGAGCCCAGCCCCAGGUCCUGUGCUUCUCCCCACCCAGCAUGCCUGCCGCAGCACCUGCAGGCCCAGCUUCAGUCCCCACAGACCCCUUCCAGCAGCCACAGCCCCAGCAGACCCAGCGCAAGAUGCUCCUGGAUGUGACUACCGGCCAGUACUAUCUGGUGGACACACCAGUACAGCCCAUGACCCGAAGACUGUUUGACCCUGAGACAGGGCAGUAUGUGGAUGUACCCAUGCCUUCCCAGCAGCAGGCUGUGGCUCCCAUGUCCCUCCCUGUGCCUCCCUUGGCCCUGAGCCCUGGGGCCUAUGGACCCACCUACAUGAUCUACCCUGGGUUUCUCCCCACGGUGCUGCCCGCCAAUGCCCUGCAGCCCACGCCGAUUGCUCACACUCCAGGGGGAAGCGAGCUCUCCUCCAUGGCAGCAGACCCCCCUGGCAAAGAGGCAGCUGCGACAUUCACUGAGGCCCCAUACUUCAUGGCCUCUGGUCAGUCUCCUGCUUCCUCUUCCUCCUCGGCCCCGGCAGCCACAUCCCAGCUUGUGGGGGCCAAAGGCUUCACCCAGCUGCACGGCAAGCCCGUCAUCAGCAUCACUUCGCAACCCCUGGGGCCCAGGAUCAUUGCCCCCCCUUCCUUUGAUGGCACCACCAUGAGCUUUGUGGUAGAACACAGAUGAUGCACCAUCACCAGAGAGCAGAACGGAGCAGCUGCUGGAGCAAGACAGAAGAUGGACUAUUCUAUAAUCGGAAGGUUGCGUCGUAGCAACACUAAGAAUUCAGCUGAAAAACUUCCUCUACAUGUGUUAUUCUUAGGUUUUGCUUCUUAUAAACCAAGUGUGUAAGUUUCUAUAUUUUCCUGAACAACCCUGUUAAGACAGUUUGUGUUAUUUUGGUGUUACUAAGCUGAGUGAAUGGUUGCAGUUUUUCCCCUGUAAAAGGAUUUCUUUUUAUACUUUAAUACAGAAGACAAACUUUCUCUUCCUCUUUCCCUCCUGUACUCAUGACUAGGCAAACCAUCCCUUCAGUGUUCUCAUAGUUCAAUCAAAACACACAGAAUGAGAUUGGUUCUUUUGUAAAGCGUGCCGGCAGAUCAAUAAUUUGGAUCACAGUUCUUCUUAGAGCUUCUCGGAAUAUGUGAGGAUCAGAUGGCAGAGUUGGAACACAUGUUCGAUUUUAAAUACAAGGGGUCUGCAUUUUGAAUCCUAUACCAGCCAAGCCUAGUCAUUCCCUCGGUUACGUUCUACAUGUUCUUUUAUUGGGCUUAGCAUGAUUUCAAAUGUGAUUGUGAAAAUUAGUGGUUUUAACACUCUCUGUUGCCUUCACGCAGAAUGGCUUGAAACACUGAAGAGCCAGUGAUUGUGUUUAAAAUUAAGUUCUUAGUCUCAGAAAGGUAUGAAAUACCUCUUUUCCUCUAGGAAUCCAACUUUGUUAUGAGUGGAUAGCCUUUGUUGGUCUUCCCUCCCUCUGUAGUUGCAUGUUCCUCUCUCACUGAUUGUUUGGAGCCCGAGGAGUGGCCUGUUUGGGGCGGGCGGCAGAGUGGAAUGUACAUUGAUUCAGUGGUCCUGAUUCUCUCCAGCUCCCGCCAUACCGAGAGCAAGGACUAGGACUGUAUCACUUGCUCUUUAUGGGCUUACGAUGCAUCAAGAAUCCAAAUCACAGAAUCUUUCAGCGACUUUCAAUACUGCCUCAGUUGUAACUCAAUUCUGAAGGUUAUUUUAGUGAGUGUUUAGUGAGUCUUGAAGAGUUGAUUGAACAGAUAAAUAUUUAGAUUGUCAUCAUUAAUAAGUGUGUCAACAUAUAUUCAACAAAUGACACAUUAGAAUAUUUCUUAUUUUUAAAGAGAGAAUAACUUGAAGGUUCUCCCAGACUUUCUUUAAGGAAUCUCAUCUUAUCUAUUUAUUUAUUCGAAGACAAGGCAUCCUGGUAAAUUUAUUUUAGAUCCUUAUUUUGAUUUUAAUGAUCAUCAGUCUUUGGCUUCUGCCAAAAAUUUAAAAAAUUAAAAAAACACUUUUUUUUCUUGAAACCACUGCAUUUUAUGCUACUCACAACUGAAGAUGUGAGUAAAAAUCCAAGAUUGGUUUUUAUAUGAUUUAUGUAAUCUCAUUACUUUGUAGUUAGGCUUCCUAUAUCAAUCUCCUUUUGGAAAAAUAACUCGAUUUCACUUUUAGGGCCUUUCUUAAAGGGAUCUUGCUCCAGAAAGAAAUACUGUUGGGUAGAAGAAAAAGUUCAAGGCAGGCGUAGUCAGCUCUGGUCACAAUUCAAUUAAUGCCCUGAUAAGUGGCAAAAUGAAGUGCAAAAUAUAAAACAGCCUCUGUGCAUAGACAAGAUGCCCUUGUCCCGUAUUGAGGAAAGCCUUAGUCCUUGGCCACAGAGGUCUUCUCACCUAGGUACAGCAGCCGCUUCACCCCAGAACUAACUAUAUUUUUCACCAUCAGAGAGCUCUUACAGCAUCAGCCGUUCCUCGUUUCCUGUAGAGACUGGCUGGGUAGAAGGUCACUUAAUAUUAAAGGAAGAAGGUGCGAUCAAUUUCAAAGAUCUCCAACGUGUAAUACUCAAAGCAGCACCAUGAAUUCUCAAGUAUUUGAACACAUCUGGCAAAACUGACUGAGGAAUCGGGUGGAGACAGUACCAGAAUUGACGGGACUGUUUUAAAACCAUGUGUGAUUUUCAGGAAAAGGUUGAUCAUGCUCAUAUCGAGGGAUUGUCAUCAGUGAUCAUACUGAGUAGUCAGCUGCUUGCCAGGUCUUCAAAAAGAGACAUUUCUUUCCUCGCCGAUGUGGUAGAGUUAUUACCUACCAAUGGCCUGGGGAUCCCAGAAGCUAUUUAUCCUUAUUUAUCACCAGCAGAUCUCAGCCUUCAGUUCUCACAUUGAGGUAAACUAGGACAGAAACUAGGAGAAACUGGUACAGAAAAUACCAGAGAGGCCAAAUCCUCUAAGAAGCUGUCGAGGACAUAGGAAAUGUCCAAGGGGUUAAAACUCUAACUUUAAAAAUAAUAUUCUAGGAAUGCCACAUUGUUUAUCGAUAAUUUUAUGGUUCUCUCUUUCAUCAAACCAAAAAAAA